UAAUAAGACCGAGUAGCAUCUCUUCUCAAAUAUCACAUUCCCUCUUUGUCUAUUACUUCCUCUGCUUCCAAUUCAAAGAAAACUUGCUGACUUAAAUUCCUCUUAACCAAACGCUUUGUUUUCCUUUUGCUCCUCUUUAAUAAUUCUCUCUUUUCCUUUGAUACUGACUUACAAUCAGAAAGAAAGGAAUUAAAAGCAUAGAAAUCUAAUUUCCUCUUAUGGAAAAUAAUCACCAACCACAAAUUAACCCUUCUUCUCAGCUCACAAAGUCUUCACGAUUUAAGAGAAUAUGUGUUUUUUGUGGGAGUAGUCCUGGCAAUAAACCUAGUUAUCAGCUUGCUGCUAUUCAACUUGGCAAUCAACUGGUUGAAAGGAACAUCGACUUGGUUUAUGGAGGUGGAAGUGUUGGCUUAAUGGGUCUAGUCUCUCAAGCAGUUUUUAAUGGUGGCCGCCACGUGUUAGGGGUAAUUCCGAAAACUCUUAUGCCAAGAGAGAUUACAGGAGAGAGUAUUGGAGAAGUGAGGGCAGUCUCAGGGAUGCACCAAAGAAAGGCAGAAAUGGCAAGGCAAGCUGAUGCAUUUAUAGCCUUACCAGGUGGCUAUGGGACAUUAGAGGAACUCUUAGAAGUCAUUACUUGGGCUCAAUUAGGCAUUCAUGAUAAACCAGUGGGUUUACUUAAUGUAGAUGGGUACUACAAUUCAUUAUUGUCAUUUAUAGACAAAGCUGUUGAUGAAGGUUUCGUCACACCUUCUGCCCGUCACAUAAUUAUUUCUGCCCCAACUGCCCAAGAACUCAUGUCAAAGCUUGAGGAUUAUGUUCCAAAACAUAAUGGAGUGGCACCAAAAUUAAGUUGGGAAAUGGAGCAACAAAUAGGCUACACAACUACAAAAUUGGAAAUUGCUCGUUGAUACUUCAAAAUUUGGAUUAGAUAAUAUUUAUAGAGAAGUGUAGUACCCUUAAACUCACAGCACUUUUAACUAGCUGUUGAUGAUUAGUUUACAGGAAAAAAAAUAUUACAUAAUUAUUUUGUUUAGUGUUGAUUCAUUUUGUGCAUUAGGUUAAUCAAAGCCUGAUUAAACAAGAAAAGUUGAUGUAGUACAAGUAAUUGUUUUUCUGUUUGUAUAUGAUUGUUGUUUAUGUACAUUAAUUCCUUUGUCAUUCUAUAGUUAUUGAUUGUGUUUCCUCUAAUGUAAAACGUGUAAGCUUCUUUUAUUAGUACUAAUGGAUCUUUAUUUUGGAACAAA